AUGUAUGUGGGAUAUCUUUUGGAUAAAGCCGAAGGAAACAUGUACCACCACCAAGGACCUGUGCGUCGAUCCGGGAUCAACCUUCCUCCACAGAAUUUCGUCUCCACGCCACAGUACUCAGAUUUUGGAGGAUAUCAUCAUGUGGCCAGCAUGGACACUCACAGCCAGGCCGCAGGGGCAUGGGCCGCUCCGUACGGUGCACCCAGAGAGGACUGGGGUGCAUACAGCCUCCCACCUCCUAACACCAUCGCGACUCCUAUGAGUAAUUCAUCACCUGGACAAGUUUCCUAUUGCUCCCCCGAUUAUAACUCUAUGCACAACCCGGGAUCUGCUGUCCUGGCUCCUCCACCCGAAAACAUUCCCGUGGGCCAAAUGUCCCCGGAUAAAGAACGACGCAACUCUUAUCAAUGGAUGAGCAAAACAGUCCAGUCAUCUUCCACCGGCAAAACGAGAACGAAGGAGAAAUACAGAGUGGUUUAUACAGAUCAUCAGAGAUUGGAGCUGGAGAAGGAGUUUCACUUUAAUCGUUACAUCACCAUCAGAAGAAAAUCAGAGCUGGCUGUAAAUCUGGGUCUUUCAGAGAGACAGGUUAAAAUCUGGUUUCAAAACCGACGUGCUAAAGAAAGGAAGCUGAUUAAGAAGAAGCUGGGUCAGUCAGACGGCAGCGGCGGUUCAGUGCACAGUGACCCGGGUUCAGUCAGUCCGCUGCCCGUUCCUGGUUCACUCAGCCCGUCAGACGUGCACGGUUCCGUUUAUCCUCCUCCCGGAAUGAACACCUUACCGUCCAUGAGGAACAUUCAACAAGUUACUGUCAGCCAGUGA